AUGAUGAGUUUUCUUGGUUUCCGUCAAACGGCAGACAUAGACAUCAUUCUCGACGGCAAUGAAAGCCGCAAAAUGGCUGAAAUGAAGACCGAAGACGGGAAGAAAGAGAAGUAUUAUCUCUAUUAUGACGGCGAGACUGUCUCCGGAAAGGUAAACAUAACGUUAAAGAAAUUGGGAACAAAGUUAGAGCAUCAGGGGAUCAAAGUUGAGUUCGUGGGUGAGAUAGAGCUCUAUCAGGAUAGGGGUAAUCAUCACGAGUUCACAUCACUUGUCAAAGACUUGGCCCGACCUUCAGAUCUAAUGCAAAACACGAGCUUUUCGUUUGAAUUCUUAAACGUCGAGAAGCCCUACGAAUCUUAUACGGGAUCUAAUGUUAGGCUCAGAUAUUUCUUACGGGUCACUAUAGUUCGCCGAUUGUCUGAUAUUGUCAAAGAGCUGGACCUCAUUGUCCACACACUCUCUCAUUAUCCAGAAGUGAAUUCUCCAAUCAAAAUGGAAGUCGGAAUCGAAGACUGUUUGCACAUAGAGUUUGAGUACAACAAAUCAAAAUAUCACCUGAAGGACGUAAUUGUGGGCAAAAUAUAUUUCUUACUCGUGAGGAUUAAGAUUAAACACAUGGAGAUAGCAAUCAUUAAGAGAGAGACGACAGGAAUCGGCCAAAACACGUUCAACGAGAACGAGACGAUCGCCAAAUACGAGAUUAUGGACGGCGCGCCCGUUCGCGGCGAGUCUAUACCCAUCCGACUGUUUUUGGCCGGUUAUGAGUUGACGCCAACCAUGAAAGACAUAAACAAAAAGUUUUCGGUUCGUUAUUAUCUGAAUCUAGUGUUAGUGGACGAAGAAGAGCGCAGGUAUUUCAAGCAACAAGAGAUCGUGUUGUGGAGGAAAGGCGAACGCACCCGAAGAAUACCCAUCCAACAGAUCCAACAAAUACAGCUCCAGGAGGAGAGCAAACCCCAAGUGAAUAACACCAACAGCUGAGCCAAUGUUUUCACGUGUUAUGAGUUUUUAAUUGAAAUUAUAAUAACUAUUAUAGCGUUGAUAAAGAAAGGCAUUGCAUUCCCUAAUGUUUUGUUUAUAUUUAAUAUAAAUAAUUAAAGAUUUUAUCCGAACAUUGAUAAUACAAUUCUAU